AUGAAUUUUGACGAUAGUUGGUUAUGCGUGGAGCCGCUAACCGUCCGGCCCGUGGCCGGCGCGGGGCGGCGCCCCACGUGCGCCGCGGCGGCGGGGGGCGCCGCCCCCGCGCGGCGCCGCGCAGAGAACCUGCUGGACCUGGCGCCCCUCCCCCUGCCGCCCACCACCCGCGCCUACGUGCCGCCCGCGCCGCGCCUGCAGAGGAGAACCUGCUGGACCUGGCGCCCCUCCCCCUGCCGCCCACCACCCGCGCCUACGUGCCGCCCGCGCCGCGCCUGCAGAGGGUAUGUCCGCCUUGCUAACACUUACCGCGCAGAGAACCUGCUGGACCUGGCGCCCCUCCCCUGCCGCCCACCACCCGCGCCUACGUGCCGCCCGCGCCGCGCCUGCAGAGGGUAUGUCCGCCUUGCUAACACUUACCGCGCAGAGAACCUGCUGGACCUGGCGCCCCUCCCCCUGCCGCCCACCACCCGCGCCUACGUGCCGCCCGCGCCGCGCCUGCAGAGGAACCUGCUGGACCUGGCGCCCCUCCCCCUGCCGCCCACCACCCGCGCCUACGUGCCGCCCGCGCCGCGCCUGCAGAGGAGAACCUGCUGGACCUGGCGCCCCUCCCCCUGCCGCCCACCACCCGCGCCUACGUGCCGCCCGCGCCGCGCCUGCAGAGGGUAUGUCCGCCUUGCUAACACUUACCGCGCAGAGAACCUGCUGGACCUGGCGCCCCUCCCCCUGCCGCCCACCACCCGCGCCUACGUGCCGCCCGCGCCGCGCCUGCAGAGGAGAACCUGCUGGACCUGGCGCCCCUCCCCCUGCCGCCCACCACCCGCGCCUACGUGCCGCCCGCGCCGCGCCUGCAGAGGGUAUGUCCGCCUUGCUAACACUUACCGCGCAGAGAACCUGCUGGACCUGGCGCCCCUCCCCCUGCCGCCCACCACCCGCGCCUACGUGCCGCCCGCGCCGCGCCUGCAGAGGAGAACCUGCUGGACCUGGCGCCCCUCCCCCUGCCGCCCACCACCCGCGCCUACGUGCCGCCCGCGCCGCGCCUGCAGAGGGUAUGUCCGCCUUGCUAACACUUACCGCGCAGAGAACCUGCUGGACCUGGCGCCCCUCCCCCUGCCGCCCACCACCCGCGCCUACGUGCCGCCCGCGCCGCGCCUGCAGAGGAGAACCUGCUGGACCUGGCGCCCCUCCCCCUGCCGCCCACCACCCGCGCCUACGUGCCGCCCGCGCCGCGCCUGCAGAGGGUAUGUCCGCCUUGCUAACACUUACCGCGCAGAGAACCUGCUGGACCUGGCGCCCCUCCCCCUGCCGCCCACCACCCGCGCCUACGUGCCGCCCGCGCCGCGCCUGCAGAGGAGAACCUGCUGGACCUGGCGCCCCUCCCCCUGCCGCCCACCACCCGCGCCUACGUGCCGCCCGCGCCGCGCCUGCAGAGGGUAUGUCCGCCUUGCUAACACUUACCGCGCAGAGAACCUGCUGGACCUGGCGCCCCUCCCCCUGCCGCCCACCACCCGCGCCUACGUGCCGCCCGCGCCGCGCCUGCAGAGGAGAACCUGCUGGACCUGGCGCCCCUCCCCCUGCCGCCGACCACCCGCGCCUACGUGCCGCCCGCGCCGCGCCUGCAGAGGGUAUGUCCGCCUUGCUAACACUUACCGCGCAGAGAACCUGCUGGACCUGGCGCCCCUCCCCCUGCCGCCCACCACCCGCGCCUACGUGCCGCCCGCGCCGCGCCUGCAGAGGGUAUGUCCGCCUUGCUAA